GAUUUCGAUUUCCUCAUCUCAUCGAUUUGCUUCUCAAUCUCUCUAAUUCAAUUAUCCUCUGUAAAUUUCAAUCCUUUUCUUUCUCCUUGGUGAUUUCUAAGAUAAUUAAGAUCGAGAGAAGAAGAAUUUUGAGAGAGAAACCAUCCAUCGAUCCAUCGAUGGCCGCUAUGAGCGACAAGGAAGCUAUGGUGGAUCCUUUUUUGGUUGAGGCUCUUCAGAACCCUCGUCAUCGUCUCACCAUUUUGCGUAUGGAGCUCGAUAUACAGAAGUUCUUUCAAAGUCCAGAGCAGCAACAAUAUGAGUUCCAGCCUUUGCCAACAUCUUAUCUUCGUCUUAUUGCUCACCGUGUUGCUCAGCAUUACGGGCUAUUUACCACGGCUUUAGACGGUGGUGGUGUUGAUGGCUCAGGGAACAGAAUCCUGGCGACCAAAACUGCGGAAAGUAGAUACCCUUAUGUCUGUUUGUCUGAGAUUCCUGUUAAGCAACCUGAGAUUCAUGGUAGGCCUGAGGGUUUCAAAAUUGCCAUCAAGCCUAGACCCAACAGAGGAUCUGGUGGGAGUGGUAGUGGAUCAGGAGUGGAAAAGAAUCUUUUGAGAAGCGUUGAGGAGAGAAAAGAGGAGUAUGAUAGAGCUCGGGCUCGUAUCUUCAAUAGCCCUAGCAGUUCCGACUCCGAAGAUUCUUCAACACGAGCUCCUCCUCCUCCCCCUCCUCGUCUCGACUCAAAACAUAAUAAUACAUGUCCGAGUAGAAAUGAGACCGAAGUGGUGAUUAAUCAUAAUAGUAAUCCUGUUGAUGUAGAAAGGAAUGGUGUUAUCAGAGACUCAGGACGGACUUCUCGGGUCGCCAUUAUUAGAGAUAGAGAGAAGGAUCGUUAUGAUCCUGAUUAUGACCGUAACAGGUAUGUGAGGGUUGCGCCACCGGUACAAAACUUCAAUCCGAUACCAAUUCCGCUUCAGUUCCAUGACGCAAUUUUCCCACAGAUGCCAAGAACUCAAGCCAGUCUAAACUAUGGACAUCCCUUAAACCCAGCAAUGACGGCACCUUCUUAUACAGAGUGGCCUAGUGCCACUAUGACUUAUGCACAAACAUUGAAUGCGUCAGACACACAUCAUUUCAGGCACCCGAAUCCUUGACCUUUUGGUCGUGUUCAGCCCAAUGUCUUGUAUCCAAACAGGUUUUAUUGAUAUGUAGCUUUAGAUUUUCUGCUCUUGUUGCAAACAUUGGCCUCUGUUAUCACAAGACAUCUCUAUUCUCUAAGCUUUUGUUAUAAUAUUAUUAUUAUCAAGCUUUUGCAAUGAAAUCCAAAAUCUGCA